AGCUUCAAACUUUAACAGAGUCAAUGGCCGUCUCUUCCGCCAUAGUAGUAAGAAACAAAAAAAGCUUUCCUCUUUACACGGAACCCUAAAGAAACAAAGCAAACCCAUCAUGAAGACGAUCUUAAUCUUCUUCUUCAUCAUCUUAAUCUCAUCUUCUUACGCCGAAGACGACGUGCUCUGUCUCAAAGGUCUUAAAGCAUCCCUCACAGAUCCUUCAAACCAACUCAGCUCCUGGUCUUUCCCCAAUUCAUCUUCAUCAAUCUGCAAACUCGCCGGAGUUUCUUGCUGGAACGCUAAAGAGAAUCGUAUCAUCUCUCUUCAGCUUCAGUCAAUGCAACUCUCUGGUCAAAUCCCUGAAUCUCUCAAGCUAUGUCGGAGUUUACAAUCUUUAGAUCUUUCGGAUAACGAUUUCUCCGGUUUGAUCCCUUCACAAAUCUGUUCGUGGCUUCCUUAUCUUGUAAAUUUAGAUCUUUCCGGUAACAAACUCGGUGGUUCGAUACCGUCUCAGAUCGUUGACUGUAAAUUCUUGAAUACUUUAGCUCUUAACGAGAACAAGUUAACCGGUUCGAUUCCUUCUCAAUUAACCCGGUUAAACCGGCUCCGACGACUUUCUCUGGCUGACAACGAUCUCUCCGGUUCGAUUCCUUCUGAGCUCUCUCAUUUCGGAGAAGAUGGUUUUCGUGGCAAUGGGGGACUUUGCGGUCAGCCUUUAUCGAAUUGCGGUUCGUUGAACGGUAAGAACUUAACGAUCAUUGUGAUCGCUGGUGUUAUUGGGGCGUUUGGGUCAAUGUGUGUUGGAUUUGGGAUGUUUUGGUGGUUCUUUAUCAGAGAUAGGAGGAACAAGAAUGGUUAUGGUUAUGGUUACGGUUAUGGUGCCGGGAAAUGUAAGGAUGAUAGUGAUUGGAUUGGUUUGUUGAGAUCACACAAGCUUGUUCAGGUAACUCUGUUUCAGAAACCACUAGUGAAGAUCAAAUUGGUUGAUCUAAUUGUAGCUACUAACAGUUUUGAUCCGGGGAAUAUCGUUGUUUCGUCGAGAACUGGGGUUUCGUACAAAGCUGAUUUGGCUGAUGGGUCUGUACUUGUGGUUAAGAGGCUUAGUAGUGGUUGUGAGCUUAGUGAGAAACAGUUCAAGACUGAGAUGAACAAGUUAGGUCAGGUCAAACAUCCGAAUUUGGUUCCGCUUCUCGGGUUUUGCGUUGUGGAAGACGAGAGAUUGUUGGUGUAUAAGCACAUGGCUAAUGGGACAUUGUAUUCUCAGUUACAGGAUUGUUCUAUGGAUUGGCCAACUCGGGUUAGAGUCGCUGUUGGAGCGGCUAGAGGGCUAGCUUGGUUGCAUCAUGGAUACCAACCUCCGUAUAUGCAUCAAUACAUUAGCUCGAAUGUGAUUCUUCUAGACGAAGAUUUCGAUGCUCGUGUUAUGGAUUACGGUUUGGGGAAGCUAGUGAGUUCCCGAGAUUCUAACGAUAGCUCGUUUAGUAACGGCGAGUUAGGGGAAUUUGGUUACGUUGCGCCUGAGUAUUCAAGCACAAUGGUUGUAUCUUUAAAUGGAGAUGUAUAUGGGUUUGGGGUUGUGCUUCUUGAGAUUGUGACCGGACAAAAGCCUGUUUUGGUUAACAAUGGCCAAGAAGGGUUUAAAGAGAGUUUAGUAGAUUGGGUGGGUAAGCAUUUGAGUAACGGUAGAAGCAAAGAUGCAAUUGAUAGAAGCAUAUAUGGUAAAGGAUAUGACGAUGAGAUCAUGCAAGUUUUGCGAAUCGCGUGUAGCUGUGUUGUAUCGAGGCCUAAGGAAAGACCGUUGAUGAUUCAAGUUUAUGAAUCUUUGAAGAAUUUGGGAGAUCAGUAUGGUUUCUUCUCUGAGUAUAGCGAUGAGUUUCCUCUCAUCUUUAACAAACAAGAACACUGAGACUAGAGUCUUUGUAAAUGAAAGAAAAGGUUUUAACAUUUUCUUACUCAAAAUUCUUUGCUACUUAAUUACUUCUAUACCAUUGUCACUUUUAAUUUAACCUUGUUAAUUUGUUGGUUUUUAUAUAUUUUGUGUGCAAAUGAAACUGUACAUCAUAUGAUGCAUAGAUGAACGGUUGUAACAUAUCUAAUGGAAUGAUUUGUUUUGGAUU